UAAACGGGCAAUCAUAGUUCACAUAACAGUUAAGUUAUGUCAUCUCUGCCAAUCCUGUCAGAAUGAUUUUACUUGAAAUAUGAUUAACUGCGCUCAAGCAUAGUGGUCACGUGGGGCACCAACUCCGGGCGCUCUUGCGCAGUGUCCUGUAAUAACGAUAUCAUUACACUAGUCUACGCUUUAAGGUAGCCUAGCAACCUGCCUGACGUUGUGACAUUUUAAUUCUCUGUAUGGCGGUGUACGACUAACUCUCGGAUUAAUUAUAUAAUUGACACGACAGAUGCUCAAUUCAUUUAUGUAAUCCUAGUCACAACGUCAGCUGAAUUUGGAGGUUGAGAUUCAUUUUGGGUGCCUUUAUUACGGUCGCCAGCUCUGACUCUAUUCUUAAUCAGACAGUCUCAGGACGGUGUGUAAGUGAUGUUGGUUCCUCUCUAGGAAAACAGUUGCACUGGUCAGAUAGCAGGAUCGAGGCGCGGGCAACUGUCCCGUUAACUGGACAGUCGGUAUCACGCGCACAGAAGCUCCACCAGUAGUCUAUCUCAAGGAUGCUGUGUUGACUGGACAUCAGGCACUAGUCUACUGUUUUUCACGUUUUAAGACAUUAAACUCGCGUACCGGGAACAGCGCCCGGUUUUUCACCUUUGACAGGUCGCGCUAGUGUCACUCACGGGCUGUCAUACGCCACGGUAUCGAUUUGUCAUUCCCCGGGGCGUAGUAUAUUUCAGAUGAGUCUAGAAGAAAGCCGUUAACCGUAAAGUGCUGGUGUUUUGACGAUUGAAAACCUGUAGAUAUUUGUCCCAUAUCAUGGACUAAUUCAAUUGGAUAAGUAUUUCAUCAUGCCCUGCCUUGCGCCAGAUUGAAACCGAUUCACUGGCGAAACAUUUCACCUUGCAGAUGAAAGGUUAAUGGAUCAAAUGCAGCAGAAACAAAGCAGCAUAGAUCCAGCAAGACUAUCUGGACAACCUGGGUUGAAUGCUGUUCCAGGACCUGCUCUACCCCUGCAACCAACAGCCCAGGACACCUUUAUAACCUGUCCCAUAGUGGGGUCUGGGAAACUCCCAGGAAUGGGUCCAGUUCAGGCCUCAGGUGUACGUGAGAUGCCAGACCCGGUGAGGCUGGAGAAUGUACAGCCUGGGUCCAGUGCUACAGUUCCAGUCAAUAUCAGCCGUCCCAGACCUACUGCACUGAAUUCCUCCAGAGGUCCAGAGGCUGAUAUGAAGGAUAAGGCCUUUAUUCCAAACCGCAUUCCUGGACCACACAGCCCCAUCUCCCUGUCCCAGUCCCCCACAGAGUCUUCCCUGUUGUCCCGCAGCCCUCAGAGUCCUCAUAGCACUCAGCCUUACACCGGCCAGUCUUACCUCAUCCCACAGCCUAACCUGCCUCAGCCUUGCCUCACCCCGCCAUCCAGCCUCAGCCCCAAACCAGGCUCCAGUCCACAACCCCAGAGGACCAGAUCCCCUGGGGGCGCUGUGAAGAACCAGCCACAGACUGACAAGACUGAAGGAGAAACAGAUUACGGCUUCAGGGUUCACAUUGUCACAUGGAAUGUGGGCUCUGCUCUUCCUCCUGAUGACAUCACCUCUCUGUUUGGGCCGCAUGCUGGCGAUGGGAGCACAGACAUGUUUAUCAUUGGGCUACAGGAAGUGAACUCUAUGAUUAACAAGCGGCUGAAGGAUGCUCUCUUCACCGACCAGUGGAGUGAACUCUGCAUGGACACACUGAGUCGAUUUGGAUAUGUGCUGGUGACGUCCCAGCGUAUGCAGGGGGUGCUGUUGCUGGUGUUCUCAAAAUUUUGUCAUCUUCCAUUUCUGAGGGGUUUGCAGACAGAGAAAACACGCACAGGCCUCGGGGGCUACUGGGGUAAUAAAGGGGGUGUAAGUGCGAGGAUGACGAUGUUCGGCCACCCGGUGUGUUUCCUGAACUGUCACCUGCCGGCUCACAUGCGGAACCUGGAGCAGCGCAUGGAGGACUUUGGGAGCAUUCUGCAUCAACAGCAGUUUGAGGGCGGGACCGCCUCGGGUGUGCUGGACCACGACGUGGUGUUCUGGUUUGGAGAUCUUAACUUCCGCAUAGAGGACUAUGACAUUCAUGUGGUGAAGAGUGCCAUUGACAGCAAUAAACUACCUUUGCUGUGGGAGAGAGACCAGCUCAACAUAGCCAAAAACAGUGAGUCCAUCUUAGACGGUUUCUUAGAAGGCCCUCUCAAAUUCCCCCCCACAUAUAAGUUUGAUGUGGGGACACACACAUACGACACCAGCAGUAAGAAGCGAAAGCCAGCAUGGACAGACCGUAUCCUGUGGCGUCUGCGUUGUACGGGCUCCCCUGUUCCUACCCACAAUGCGGCGCUGCAGCGCGGCCUGACCUCUUGGCUGGGUGGGGCAACCAAGGUGGUGCAACACUCCUACCGCAGUCACAUGGGCUACACCUGCAGCGACCACAAGCCUGUCUCUGCUGUCUUCUCAUUACAUUUCCCAUUUAAAGUGGACCUUCCUCUUGUAACGUUAGAGUAUGUGAAGGAGUGGACUAAGGUUUCUGACGCUACGGUCAGAUUCACUGUGAUGUCCAACUUCCAGCGCAGCUCAUGGGACUGGGUUGCAAUAUACAAGGUUGGGUUCAAACAUCACAAGGACUAUGUAACAUAUAUGUGGGCCAAAGCAGAUCAUGGGUCACAGGUGACAUUUACAGAGGAGGAUUUACCCAGGGAUGAAGGGGAAUACAUUUUGGGUUUCUACAGUAAUAACAUGAACACUAUUAUCGGUGUGACAUCGCCCUUUCAGAUCCAUGUUCCUGUGCGCAGCCCGACAGCCCCACCAGUAUGCCGCUCAGACAGUUCUGACGUCAGCUCGGAGGAUGACAGCACACUGGUCCUGCUGGCCCCUGCUAGCUCCCGCAGCCCAAGCCCUGGAAAAAGAAAACACCACCAUCGCCACCGCGGCAGCCGUAGUCCUGCUCACUCCAACACCCCCAUGCCCUCCCUUCAGGGCCUCAGCCUGCAUCCUCGUCCCCUAGAGGGGCUCCCAAGCAGCCGCUCGCCCUGCUCUGCUGCUAAGAAGGAGCGCCUGGUGUCCCCCCAGGACACCCUGCCGUCGCCCAUCAGCCCGCUCACCCCCCGCAGCCCUGUGUCCCCUGGAGGCGGGGUCUCAGCCCCAGAGGCUCUAAUCGCUGCCAUCCUGGGGGAGCAUAGACAAACUCAGGUCACCCCCACAGGGGGCAGGUCACCAGGCAAGACUGGAGAGACAAGUUUAUGAGGAGCCCAACCAACUAUAUCUGUGGUGUCAUGAAUAUGCAGAGACAUUAAAGGUUGAAUUCAAUCCAUAUUGAAGAAUUAUUGUAGCAUUAUUGCUCGAAAUUUAAAGGCAAUGUUCCCGCUUUCACGGAGACUGUGUUCACGGAAAACGCUGCAUAUGUCGGCUCAAUCGGAAAUGACCCUUAAAUUUGUUUCUGCGAUACAGAUUGAAUCUAGCCCUAAGAUAAGACUGUUGAAAUGAGGCCAGUAAAGACCAUAUGAUGAUAGUAUCUAGGGCUGAUAUGGUCCAUUAUUUCUAUGCUGAUCUGACCUCACACUGUCACUGCACUCAUAAAAGCAGUGCAUUGUACGAGUUGUAGUUUGCAACAUUCCACAUGGUGGUCAACCAGUUGUCUCUAUUUCUUAAAACCUGUUAAAUCUAAUGUCAAAAUGUAGAUUUCCGCCUAAAUAGACAUACCCAAAAGUAAUUAUUUAUCAUGAGAGGGCCAUAAACAAUACCAGCUAAUGCUUAUACUGCCAGAAAGAUUACAAUCUCACCAUUCUGGUAAAAAUAGUUAUAAAUUGCUGAGGUGUAGUCACUGAGGAUACAAGCUCAAGUACACAGUGCAAAUAUGAAAAUAUGAAACAUCAUGUAUAUAUAUAUGUGUGUAUUUGUUUUCCUAUUCAACAAAAGUGGGGGAAUGUGGAUUUUAAUUAUUGAAAUGCUUUCAAAAUAUAGUAACAAUGAAAUUAUAAACGACUUACUCUAAGAUUUCACCUUAUAACUAAAAUAAAUAUGAUCAUACAAAAUUGGCACCAUUUCAAAUAACUGACGACAGAGACUUUUCACACAAACAUCCCCUGAGCGACGCAGAGACGCCAUGCAAAUUCCAGCAGACUCGUGACGCCAGCUUUAAGCACAAAGUGAUUUCGUCCCUCUGUGACCAAGAGAAAGUGCCAUUAUUUCAAAUCUACUAAAUUAUUUUGUAUUUUUUCAUGUUGUGAGCUCUAAAUCCAUCUUAGAACAUAACAGCAAGAUGAGACCGCUUUAUCUGCAUUCGCUAGGCUCUCCGUUUAAUAUGCAAUUUCACACACUGCAUGUCAGCUGAGGGCGGAGAGCGGCAUGAGAAGAGGGACAACCAGAGCUUUCACGGAGUGCACAGCAAUUGAAGUUGCGCCGUUCACAGAGCGCUCUGUACACAAAAAUGUUGCUCGGAACCGGUCCAGAACUGCUCAAAGUCCCCUAAAUAUGAGACUUUACAUCUAAGAGCAAUCUACUUAUCAGUGACUCCAUCCUGUAGGGGGCUAGUCCAAAUCGCUAAAAGUUGAAGCAUUACCCCAAGAAGUGCUAUACAGACUCGUAUCAAUACUGUACGUACACAAAUGUAAAACCAAAGCAAGAGUAAAUCUGCAAUGUACAUUAUUGUUGUUAUAUAGUAAGUUGAAGGGAUGUCUAUAAAUAUGCUCUACCUAUCGGCCUGGAUCACUUGGUGUGGUAUGAUAUCUGUCUUUCUAUACUCCCAAGCUCCAACUUAUAUUAAAGUGGUUUGUUUCUGAAUCUUCCCAUCUUGUGUGUGUAUGUGUAGCACUGUACAUGUUUGAGAAAAAGAUAUUGUCUUAUUUUCAGAGAGUAAAGACCUCUAAUGGUUUAGUGGUUUGCUUUGGUUGUUGAAAUAUUGGUUGUGUGAGGGUGUGUGAAGAAAAUAAA